AUGAAGCGUGAAUGCCCUACCUGCAGAACUACCAAAUUCAAGAAAUCAAGCGAUGGUGGUCUCGUCUGUAAAUAUGGCCACAAGAUGCUUGGUAUACAAGUGGAAGAGCAAGAAGGCGACUUUGAAGGCUUUGGUGGUCGGCAGAGAAAGAAGGUGAAAACGCUGCAAGACAACAUGCAAAGCAGCAAUCCAGUCAAGGAAAAGAGCGAUUUUCUGCUGAUAUGUCAAUACACACUGCAAGUACUAACACGCUGUAUGGUGCAAGAGCUGGAUUUCCCACCUGAAAUUGAACCUGUGGCAAGAGAAUUUUGGCUUUUGUAUCUAGCAGACUCCAAGCAAGAGAUUAUGGAAGCAUAUAUAUUCGAAGCAAAUGAAAAGGAAGCGCAGGAUAGUCAGUAUCAACCCAAACUGGACAUGCUGGAGAGAAUACAAAACGAAGAAAAGGAACUGGACAACUUGGAAGACUUUUCCUCAUCUGAAGAGGAUGAUGAAGGUGGUGAGCAUGAUCAAGCAAGACCUACAGAAAGACGGCCAGGUGUCAAUCGAGUGAAAUGGCCGAAAUUAGCCUAUCAACACACACUAGUAUUCAUCUACAUUGCGUGUGUUUAUCUCAACUACCCUGUUGUUUUAAAUGAUCUCGUCAGAUGGAGUGUCACUGGCCAAAUACCCUAUUUAAAGAUGCAAGAAAAGAUUCCUAUGGAGACGCUGGCCUCCCUUCAUUUGGUCGUGACAAAUCCAAUGACCAGAGCGCCCUCUGUGCUCUAUCUCAACAAGUAUAGCCACAGAUAUCUCAAGGGCUUUGAAGUGAAUUGCAACAUUGUAUUCCCAGAAUUGAAUAUACCAUUGUACCUUGAUCGAUUCUGUUGUCAAUUCUUUCUCCCAGUGGAGGGUUAUUACUAUGCAAACUACAUUUUUGAAACCAGAAGGCGGUUAUUUUACAUCAACACAUCUCCUCUGCAGAAGGCAAGAGGUACGCAUGUUACAACCACACUCAUGGCCAGUGUCAUUGCUGCAGCCAAGCUCAUUUAUGGCGUAGAUGAUCAUACCACUGAUUCGUCUUCCGUGAGCCAGUUUGAUACAUCGACUACAAAAGAGAUGUGGCACGAGCAAAUUGAAAAGAACAUGGCUCGAUGGAAAUCCUUGCAAGACGACCAAAACGACUUGAAGAACAUGAUUCAAUAUCUACAAGAGACGUCCGUGGCAAGCAAAGCUACAGCACAUUUACGAGAUAAACAUAAUGUUCUUUUGAAUAUCCUAAAUCGAGAACCUACUCGUCAUUUGAAUCAAGCAAAGUCAUUGUCUGUAAAGGCAGAUCCGUUGUUGGAUGCUAGUGACCUCGUCAUACCAACUGAUGCAAAUCAGGAUAAAAGACCUCUGAUCAAGCAAGGCGAGUUCUUUUACUCUCGAAAAGGCGGUUUCGCGCCCAAAAACUACCUCAACGUUGUAUCGUUGGCGAGCAUGAUCCUGGGUCAACCGACGAACAUCAUUGAGACUGCAGUAAAGUCGAUGGAUAGCUCUAUUAUGAGACACAAUCAGACCAACUGCAUUCGACCCAAGAAAUAUAAAGAGCAUUAUAUUCCUGAAUAA